AUGAACGCUGGAAACACUUUGGACAGAAAAUUCAUAACUGAGGGUUCAUGGAGGCCUGAUUUAUUUAAGGGUAAAGUAGCAUUUGUCACUGGCGGUGCUGGAACAAUAUGCCGUGUUCAAACAGAAGCCUUGGUUCUUCUCGGUUGUAAAGCAGCUAUUGUAGGAAGAGAUCUGGAAAGAACAGAAAAAGCCGCGAAGGGAAUUUCUCAGUUGGCAGAAGACAAAGACGCAGUUUUGGCCAUCGCAAACGUCGACGUUCGCAACUUUAAAGAAAUGGAGAAUGCGGUUAAAAAGACGAUACAGAAAUUUGGAAAGAUCGACUUUGUUAUUGCUGGCGCUGCUGGAAACUUCGUGUGCGAUUUUGCAAACCUCUCUCCAAACGCCUUUAAAUCAGUUAUUGAUAUAGAUUUACUGGGGAGUUUCAAUACCGCGAAGGCAUGCCUGAAGGAGCUAAAAAAGUCGAAGGGUUCCAUCUUAUUCGUCUCUGCUACUUUUCAUUACUAUGGUGUGCCAUUUCAAGGCCAUGUCGGUGCUGCUAAAGCUGGAAUUGAUGCUUUGGCUAAAAAUUUAGCGGUCGAGUUGGGCCCUUUGGGUAUACGUUCAAAUUGCAUUGCUCCGGGAGCUAUUGACAAUACAGAAGGCCUGAACAGAUUGGCCGGGGGGGAAUUUAAGGAAAAGGCUCUCGCAAAAAUACCGUUGCAAAGACUAGGGUCAACAAGGGACAUAGCGGAAUCUACAGUUUACAUUUUUUCGCCCGCUGCAUCGUAUGUCACUGGUACUAUCUUAGUGGUCGAUGGUGGUAUGUGGCAUUUAGGAACUUAUUUUGGACAUGAGUUGUUUCCAGAAUCCUUGAUGAAGGGUAUGAUCUCCAAAUUGUAA